AUGUCAGAAAAUACUCUGUUUAAUCCGCUCAUUCUGAUUCUCAAAGAUGAUUUUAACAAAUUUCCACAGACACUAAUUGUAUUUCAAGAAGAACGUACCGCUGAAUGUGGUCAAAAUAUUAUCGAUCCUUAUACAGGAGGUCCAGUUCAUUAUACGGGAGUUUAUGGAGGGAACGAAAUGAUCGUAGAAGAUGUUGACACAAAAGCAAAAAGAAAAGUUCUAAAAGUAAUAUGUAAAAUGCCACGAAUUACAAAAGUGAAUCAUUUUGUUAAUACACCACCAUUUCUCUUCAUCAGUCUUCCAUAUAAUACAAAGACAUUAUAUGGUUUACCACAACAGUUAACGGUUGGAGCAAACAGGUAAGGAUUCCUUUACUUUUGUUUACAAAUUAAAAAACAAGCAAGAAUUAUGUUUUUCGUAGUAGAAACAUAUGUCUAACCUAAUCAUCUACAUUCUACUCUUAUCGAAAGUCUUUUAGAUUAUUUUCGAAUCAAAUUGCAUUGCACAUAUUAAAUAUCUGUUAUAUCUCUUAAGUAUAAUUUUCUUAUUAUAUUUUUACUGAAUUUCGCAUGUAACCAACGCUUAAACGGUUUUUUUCUUUUAGGUAUUUACAGCGGGCUUCUGUUAUUCAUCGUAUAAACCAUUUUAUUGGCCUAAUAAGAACAGAAAAGGAUAAUUAUUACAAGUAUCGUUCAUCUUCGAUUCACUGACCCUUGACUGAAAAUGGAUUUUUAGCGAUGAUUUGGUGUUAGUACGCGCUUGGCUUUUUAAAGGGAUGGAGAAACAGGAAAUUUUUGUUUAUUUAUGUGUAUGAUUGCAUUAGAUCCAAUGACAUAUGACGUGUUGAAGGACAU